AUGUCAACAUCCACCCCAGAUCCCACUUCAGAUGCAUUUGUCUUUCAACCAUUACUGCUGUUGCCUGUCUGGUGCGACCUGCAGACGCCAUCCAACUAUGCGAUGCCUGAAAGCGAUCAUGAUUCAGUAAUUCCAGCCCAACUUUCGUACCUUGCCAUCUAUAACCCGGCCCUCGGACCUACCGACGAGACGAUAGCGGACCAGAUCGUGUUCUAUACUUCGAAAUCGAGCCAUGCGCGGCGCAUCGAUGGCUCCACGGCAGAAGUUGAAGCAAAAAAAUGUAUUGAGGAUGAAGAGAAUGAGAGAUUGCGCCAAAUAGGUCUGGCGCAGGGCAUGGUCAACUUUGCUAGUAACUUCUCCGCCGGAAAGACACUGGAAUAUGUUGAAACAGACAAAGCGCAGCUGGUUCUGCUUGAGUUGGAGAAGGACUGGUGGAUUGUUGCCUCUAUCGACCUGACUCGAAUUCCCGCCGAUCCACCGCAAAGAUCCUCUUCAUCCCCCGACUCUCCGGCAUUCUAUUAUUCGUCGCGAGAGAUGGCACCCCCACCUCUACUGAUCCAGCAAUUACGUCGCGCCCAUUCGGAAUUCCUCCUGCAUCACGACUUCAAAUUAUACGAUAUCCUGCAUCAAGUCGGCAGGUCCACAUUUUGUCUAUUUCUUGAGCGUUUCUGGGAGAAAUUUGCGUGGAAUUGGGAGCUUCUGUUGACCGGAAACCCAAUUGUCGAUAUCUAUAAUGGCAUCAAACUCUCUGCGGGAGGGGAGUUGGGGAUCGGCGUUGGGGAGGAGGAGUGGGGCAGCGGGGAAAGAGAAGUGCUUGAAGACUUCGUGACAAGGACAGACGGAUUGGUGGACUUGGUUGUCUCCAGGUUUGGGGACCCGUCCCCACAGUUCGAGGGGUCUCCUGCUUCGGGAUCAAAUGACCCAAGUCGAUGGCUUGGGGCCGAUAAUGAUCCUCGACCAUCCGAUGGUGUCAUAUUUACUGGUAUCGGUGCUCUUUCUAGGCACUCAUUGGCGCAUGUGUCACAUUGGAUGCAAUGCAUUUAUCGGUUUGGAGAUGCUGCAUAUGGAGUUGGGCGGGACCCAACCUCGCUGCGUCGCCGUAAACCACGAAAGCAGCGUGGAAGGCAAAUUUCGGAAGAUGCCCCUCCGCCCUUCACUCCAGAUCGCAAAUUUAAGCCAGGCAUACCUCGCCCGCUCAUAAUGGCAGCACCCCAGCCAAUCCCGGACGUCGUUAGGGAGAAUCAAGCAGGAACAAGAAAUGAGGCAUCGCCACUUCGCACUGAGCAAAAGAGCGAGAAUCUAGGGUUCCCAACAGAGGCGGUUAUGAAAUACCUCACUCUUGGAUACGGCUCCUCUUGGAGUUUCUCUCCAAAGUCGACAUCUACGCCGCCUGAAAGUUCUACUCCAACGCGCGAUGAUCCCCAUUCAAACACCUCAACCCCAAAGAAUCAGCCUAUCAGUGCUGUCAAAUCGCCCCAGACCGGCGCAAAAGAUCGAAGCAGUACGAGGAACAGUCCAUCGGGUCAUUUUGUUCUUGGACCUCGUGAUGAUCUGGAAAAAUUGGAUGAUUUAGAAGAGAGAAGCCCAGAGCCCGAAUCCGAGAACAGCAAACCCAAGACUCGGAUAGUGAAUAGAACUCUACAUGUCCACCUGGCAGAUACCACUGCGAGAAAGCUCCAAGUUGUGAUAUAUGUGCAUCAACCAUUCAUGUUUACAUUCCUCUUUGAUCCUCAAACACCAGCAUUAUCAUCACCGUCACUAUACUCAAGCAUGCAUCACCAACUUGGUCCUCUUCAGAAACCCCUUCUAUUAUCAACAUCCCCAACAAUGGCAGCCUCUCGAAUCGCCAUGUCCGAGACCUCCCCAGAUCCUAAUAAACGGUUCUCCACUCGAACCCAGCCAGUUUACGAUCUAGUCUACGACCCAUUCAACCUAACCAUCCGCUCCUCUAUCCCUAACAUCCCCAGCAUGAACAUCAGCUCCCCCUCCACCCAACCAAUCAACUCACCAGCCCGCACCCCGUCCCCCUCUCUCUCCCUAUCAUCAACCCCACCACCCUGGUCCCGCGUUGAGAGCAUAGCAAUCCACCACCGUCUCCUAUCAACGUACACAGACACGCGCUCCCGCCCGCAAGAGCUCGAACGCACAAGCAAAACCCAGCGCGGAUGGUGGGUCGUCUGGGUCCGCAUCCCACACAGCACAGCCCAAACUCCAACUGCGCUGUCCACCACGCCUUCCUCCACUGCCCUUUCAUCCAUGACCAACAACGACGACUCCUCCCCCGCGAAGCAGUCACAAGCGCCAUCUGCUCCCCUGCCUCAGGAGGCCUUCCUCAUCCGAAAAGCGAGCGACUACAUCUCCCCGGCAAACCAUGGCCGUGUCAGCAAUAGCGCUCGCUUCUUCCGUGAUCUAGGUGGCGCGUCUCCUUCCGCUGGAUUGACGGGAUUGUCCCGUACUACGGAUAUGGCGCCGUCGAAGCUGGUUGAAGGCCUUGGUAUGGAUGCUAGACGCUAUAUUGAGGGUCUGCUGAGCUUGAAUCGGUAG